UUUACUAGAAAUCCCGAUUUGCGCCGUACCUUAAGCUUAAGGCGUUGGCUGUUGCCAUACUUUUUUGUCUUACGAUGCGGCGUCUGGAUCGCAGACUGUUCGAGCUUCGCGCUUCGACGCGUCGAGAGGUCUCAAAACCUCCCUUAUCUCACCCUCGAUCUUCAACCUACGCAACACCCGCCUUCAUGACCCACAUCACAUCAAAAUGGCAUCCAAGAACCGCCUUGUCGCCGAGAACGAGAAGAAGGUUACUGGGCUCAUCGCCUUCGCCCAAUCACUCGACAAGCGCGUCCAAAACGUCAUCAAUGCAUCCAGCACACCGGACCCAGACCUUGCGCCUACGCUACAAACGCACAUUGCAGCGCUACCACUGAAGCCAUCGAGCGCACUUGCAGCCCGCGUCAAGACCCUCGACGCGCUCGGAACCGCGCUCUGGAACGCGGCAACGAGGGCACGGCGCACUGAGGCGGCUCCAGCAACCGCGCGCCCAGCGCUCGCUUUGCUACGUGUAUUUGCGGCGCUGCUGCUCGACGCGGCGUGUGGGAGCAGUGGAAGCGGGGAGCACGAGGCAAGAGACUUGCGCGUAAGGGUGAUGAGGGUCUCGUUGAAGGCGGCGAAGGCUUGCGUGGAGGAAGGGUUGUUGGAAACGUGUUUGCGCGUGCUGGAGAGGGCUGCGUUCUAUGAGGAGGUGUUGGGGAGGGAGAGAGAUCCGGAUGUUGGGGAGGUGGUGGGGAGAUUGCGCGCGGACUACUUUGCUUUAAGGAUGACGCUGGCGUGGAAACAGUCGAAGCUUCACACCGCGGAUCUUUUUUUCGGGAAGGUCGACCUCGAUCCAGCACGCUUAGGGGCGGGCACGGCGGAGAUGCUGACAGACACGUUCUAUGAGAUUGGCAAGGACAUGCUGAACAAACACCGGCAUGAAGAUGCGGUCAAGUGGCUCGAUCGGGCUUACAGCGUCAUCGGGGAGCGAGACAUGGAAGAGCUAGGGAACGAUGCCGUGGAACUCCGGCAAAGCACUAUGCAUCACCUCAUCCGAGCGUUGUUGAGGCAGGACGACCACGAUGCAAAGGAAAAGGCCAAAGUACUGCUUGACCUUCUCGCGCUCGAUCACGGAGACAAAAUGGUUGUGUCACUACUGCAGCUGGAGCAACUCUCUGCGGAGCCGAAACCGGAUCCUGGACAGUAUUACGGCGCCGUCGAGCGGAUGAUGCGGUCAAUACACCUUACCGAGACCAAUUUCAAGACCAUCAUGCAUCAUGUCCACAAGCUCAAGAAUCUGAGUCCUGAGCUGGCGGCUAAGGCUCUGGAUAAUUUCCUCGACCUACGAUUAUUCGAGAAUAGGAACUCCGAAUGGAUUGAAAAGGUGACAGUAACACAUGUCUGGGUCAGCAUAGCAAACUGGGACGGUGACCAAUCUCCUGAGCCACUCAGGGAGUUGCUCGACACAGUUCAACAAAAUAUGCACGGCGCAUUUAGCGUGGCAGCAACUCAUGCUGCACAAACACUGCUCUGGAAACGUAUCGAAUCAACGUACUCCCAAAGUCAGUUCAACGCGGCAGAGGCAUGGUGUCGCCUGUCAUUGCAUCCAUUGUUUGAGAAGGCUGGAGAGCUGAACAAGGCGAAGGUUGCUCGAAAGACGAUUCUCUGUGCAUUGGCUAGGCACGACUAUGUCACAGCCCGAAAGGUAUAUUUCGAUAUGUCGGAUGCGGGCAAAGCAGCACCAAUGACGAGGUACUUAAUGUACAAGGUGGCGCUUCGCCAGGACGAUCCGGACUUGGCGUCGGAGUGUCUAGACGCCGUGUGCAAGCAGACCACCCAGGACGUUACGCUUCUCUACGCAUGCGUAAUGGAAGCACAGCAGGCGGGCAACAAGAGCCAAGCCGUGGUGGCACUGCAAAAGGUGCUUGAAAAGUACAACUAUGCCGCACCGCAGGGCGUACAUCUUCCGGCCCUGCUUCGCUGCAUGGCACGGCUUUUGCUGGCCGAGCUCGGUACGGCAGACAACGUGAAUGAAAACGUGGCGGAGGAACUGGUCAAGUUGUUUGAGGGCGCUGCGAGGCAGGCGAAGCUUCAGAAGCGCCGUACAAAGGAACAGUCUGCGCCGCUUUUCUCGGAGAAGGAGCUCGACUGGUUCUCCCGCAACAGUUACAAUAUCUCGCUCAAAUACUGCGCUACACUUCAUCCAUCUCAUCUUCUUCAGUUGUUGGAGGCAUGCAUCGCACUCAUUUCCCUCUUCCAGGAAGCAACAACAGGAGACAAUGAACAAUCCACAGCAGCACUCCCAGCUCCAUUAACCCACCGCCUUCUCCUUACUCACUACCUUGCAGCUUCGACUGCUCUCGUCCUCGCUCGAUCCGCCGACUCAAUUCCCGUCUCACAUGGCGCCUACCACACUCUCUGCCAUCAUGCCGACGCCUUUUGCGAGCGACUCCCAUCUUUCCUACGCACCAGCGAUCUCGCCGAGCUCAGCGUUUCAGCCCGUGCUGAUCUGCGCGCCAAGCGCGCCCAGCUGCUCCGCUAUGGCCUUGAAGCUGCGCUCAAAGCCCGCGACUGGGAUUCCAUGGACCGGUUAUUCGAAGAUUGCUUUGCGUACGACACAGGGACCGGCGCGACAGACAGUGCCGCACACGUGCGCGACGAGGACGUCCCGCAGUUCCGUCACCAUCUAGAGACGCUGGCUGACUUGGCACUGGUCAUUCAUGCGGAGAUGGCCAAGGAAGGGCCGGGUUCUGCAAGUGCCAGCCCCACGCACAGGAAACGCGUUCUCAGCGUCUUGCAGAAGAUCGUAAACGCAAGCUGGCAGCGGGGCGGGAGCGGCGUUGUCGGCGCAGACGUCGUCCGCCUGGCCCGCUGGAUCAGGUGUCUUUUUCAGCUCUCGCUCGAUACAGACGAGGAAACGGCGCUGCAGUGCAUGGAUCAUGCCAUUGAGGUUGCAGGAUCCCCCAAGAAGGGCAGGGGCUCGGAUAACGCUGCCAUUGCGGCGACGGCGUACCCACGCGACGAGCUCGAGUGGCUGGCCACUACGGCAUUCAAUCGCGGCGUCGACGCGUUCUGUGCCGGAGAUGAUGCACGCUGUCGGAUGUGGGCCGAGAGGGCCCUUGAAGUGGCGGCUAGAGUAUCGGAUGGGGGCGCGUUGCACAAGGUGUUAGAGGAGAAGUACUCGGGGUUAAGAUGGGAGAGUUGAUUGACUGAUUGCUUAAGGUGGGGGUGGAGUUGCUGGAGUUGCUGGUCGAUCUGGGGUCUCCUCACGGAAUGUUGGGGCAGGAUGACGCGUUACUUACCCUGUCGACUAUCCAGGUGAAGAACUUGAGUGGAUUUGAGAGGAGCGGCAGCGGCGCAGUGGGUGGAGGACCGUCAUGGGCGGGGAGCAUGUCCCGAAGAGGCUUGCUCGGCAGGUC